UUGUUCACAAGCUAUUGAAUMAUUAUGUUGAGCGACGACGAAUUUGAUGACGUUGAUCUUAGACAAUUGAAAAAGAGCUACAAAGAUUACUAUGACGGAGARAGAAACGAGCAGGGCGAAAGACAUGGCUUUGGGAGCGCACAGUUCUCCAAUGGAGACARAUAUGAAGGUGAAUACAGAAAUGGUAAAAGAAAUGGCAUUGGAAAAUACACAUUUCUCAACCGMGCAAGGUACGAGGGCGAGUACGUGGAUAGCAAGCGCAAAGGGAAGGGUAUAAUGACAUAUCCUGAUGGCACUGUUUACAAUGGCGAAUGGGAUGAGAAUAAACGGCACGGACAAGGAAUCUACACGUACAGAAACGGYGACUAUUACGACGGAGAGUGGAAAGAAGGUCGCAAGCAUGGAAAGGGUCGUUAUGUCUUUGCUAACCAAGGAAUCAUGUAUGAUGGAAUGUGGGAUUACGACAGGUUCGAAGGGGAUGGAAAACUUGUCACCAACAGUUACACGUUUAGGGGAACCUUCAGCGAACAAGAACCCAUUGGCGAUGGAAUGUACACAUUCAACAAUAACUGCGCUCAGCAUGGAGAGUAUAUCAUGAACCGACAACUCAAAUACAUCCAGGGAGAUGUCAUGGAAGUAUUUGUACCAAAGUGGUUCUGUACGGCCCUCGCAGCAGCUGGAAUGCCACGAGAGAAGAAUAUUUGGCUCACAUAGAAUACCUGGCUUGGCAAAGUUGCUUGCAAUUAAAUAUUUGUAUAGUUUUUGAAAGUUUGUCCGUUUUAUGAACGAGAAUUGUAUUUUUUAUGCGUCUUGUAUAGUUAAAUAAACAGUUUAUGUUUUU